AUGUCACUUUCAAUGUCUGAAGAAUCAGAUACGCAGAAGCCCAAAACAAAAAAGGAUAAAGAGGUGGCUAAUUUGAAGUUAAUAAAAACUACAUCCGGUGUUAGAGUAUCUCAAGCGUGUGACAGAUGUAGGAUCAAGAAGAUAAAAUGUGACGGGCUAACUCCAUGCCAUAAUUGUUCGAAGAUAGGAUUUGAUUGCAAAACGAGUGAUAAAUUGACGAGAAGAGCAUUUCCCAAGGGCUAUACUGAAAACUUGGAGAAAAAGUUACGUGAGUUAGAAGAGCAAAACAGACAAUUAAGACUCAAAUAUGGAGAAAACGAGGAAGACGAGGAAACAAAUGAGAAACAGAAAGAAAGUAAUGGUGGUACAUUCAUGCGUAGACAACGGGAAGCUGAUGAUGUUAAGGCAAACAAUGAAAAUGAUGACCGUACGGCUACAAAAAAUCAAAAUAAUGCAAUUCAAAUUAAUAACCCGAUUGAUCAGAUUUUUAAUUUGGACAAUAAAGGUAUUAUUAUUGGUAAUGAUAAUUUGAAUUUUGAAUCACAAUUCAAUCAUUUAUUGAUAAACUUGAAUUUGCCUUUUUUAAAAAUUACUAAUUCACACAACUUCUUGUUAAAUGACCCUAAUUCCUAUUUAUACCACCCAUCUUAUGCCAUGUAUAACCAGUUUCAAAACAGGGAUCUCGAUGUUCCAUAUAAUCCAUUGACAGCUAACAAUUCUCAACAUGAUGGAAUUCCCGGAGAAAUGUCUAACUUAACGAAUAGUCAACUACCCAUGGAUAUUUAUGAUUUAUUCAUCAAGUUAAUUAAUAACUUUAAGAAAAUAAUAAGCAGCAAGAAAGAACUUGAUAACCAGAUCUUACACUUCUUUCUCAACUAUAAUGUCUUCAUACCAAUUUUUGAUAUAAAGCAGUUCAUGAAAUCCUAUGACGAAUUCCAUACAAUGUAUCCAUUCAUGUUCACGUACGAUGAUGCAACUAUUAAUGGCUUUAAUAUUCUGAAUAAUGAUUAUCAUGUUGUGAGUGAAUAUUUAAUGAUUGUUGUUCAAAUUUAUGCUAUGUUAAUGAUGAACGAUCCAACUAUCAAUUUAAACUUAUUGUUGAAUCAUGUUGAACCUAAAUUUUCUAAUAGCAACAACUUAAAGGAAGACAGAAAAUCCAACGCGUCAAUGAUAAGAUCAUUGUAUGACUUUUUGCCAUAUUUUAAUGUAUUUCAUGUUUCAAUUCCUCAAUUGCAAACUUAUUUAUUAUUUUUAUACUAUUCAUUAUUAACAAACAACAAAGAGAAAUCGUUAGUGCUAUCAUCUUUAGUUAAUUCAUUUAUUGGUAUUUUGGGGAUAAAUUUAAAUUCUAAAAAUUUAUUCUUUAAUGAUUUGACGUUAAACUUGCAACAGAAGAGAAAUAGAGUAAAAAUGUUUUGGGUUUUCAAAGUAUUAUUAAAAUGUUUCAAUCUAAAGUUUGGAUUUAAACCAAGUUUGAAUACCACAGUUAUCAACCCUGUUACUAUUGAAAGGUAUUUCGAAUUAACUCCAGAAAAACUAAGCCUGUUGCUUGAGACGAAAGAGGAUGGAUUGGAUGACCUAUUCGAAGUGUUACUAAAGCCUAGUACAGAAUUUUUAAAUUUGGUGAACAUUAUUAUACCUUCAUCCUUUUCACCUAAUUAUUAUCAAUAUUUAAAAAAUGGUAGUAAUCAGAACCACCAACAAUCACAGAAGAAGAAUCCCAAACAUUUGGAUUGGAUUUUAAAUGAUGACGACGGUGAUGGAAAUGAUGGAAAUUUGAACUACAAUUUCACUCAAUUUUUAACCAUUGAUAAGAAUUUAUCCAAUUGGAGAUAUUCAUUAAAGGAUAAGAAGAUAGAUUUGAAACCAUUACACCAAUAUUUAAAAUUGCCAAUAAUAUCAGACGUGACAACUAACAAUCUAUAUCAGAAAUUGUCAGUAUCUAAUAUCAAAAAUUCUUCUGGUAUAACUCAAGAAGGAAUAAUGAAUUAUUUGAAUACGGGCUUACCAGAUAUUUACACUGCAUCUCAAUUAAUUAAAAUACAAUUAAAUUUCCAUUAUCUAUUGAUUCGGUCGAUGAAUUAUUUGAAUUUUGUUAUUGAUAAAGAAUUAACAAAUACUUAUUAUAUGAAGAUAGCAAAUAUUUCAUCUGAAGUUUUAGCAUACUUUUUAUUGGUAUUUGAGCACAUUGGGCAAUCUAUGGAAACAUGGGAAAAUAGCUCUGGGGAAGUGAAAACGAAAAGCAAUAAUAAUAUAAUUAUGGAUAGUUUAGGAUUAGAUGUUGAUGACGAUGGCUUUGUUAUCAAUGAUUUUUCUGUGAAGAGAAGGAGAACUAGUUCGCAAUUUCCACUUGAUCAACGAGACAGAAAAGUUAAGCAAGUUCCGCCUUCUUUGUUCAAUUAUAUGUUGAAUGGGUUGUCAAUGACUAUAAUUAAUUUGAAAAAGUCUAUUAUUUUACAGAUGUUAUACUUAUUGAUUUGCCAACUUAAAAUUGCCAAGAAGAAAGGUGUCAUAGCUCCUGAAAUAAUUAAUCUAUUGAACAAGAGCAUUGAUUUGUUUGUUAAAAUAUUUAUUAAUUACGAGACUAACAAUAGGCACAAGCCAGUAAAGAAGAACAAAGAAGAUGAACUUUUCUUGAAGUUAAUUAACGAUGAGCUUAAGGAUGAGAUUUUAACAGAACCAAGAAAUAAUGAUGAGAGUGAUGAUGAAGAUAUGGAUGAAGAUGCAACGCACCAUAAUGGGUUUGAUAUCGACUGGGAUGACGAAGAUAUGGAUGAGGACUUGAAAUACUUAAAAAUAUUGAAAUUUAUUAAAUAUAAGAUUCAAGUCUUAGCAUCGAAUAACAAUCAACCAAAUGUUGAAAUUUCAAACCCAGAAAGAUCUAUACACCGCCAAAGUUUGCCAUCGUUGAUGGAGAGUAUUGAUGGCAGAAAUAAAAGUACUGUAUCUGGUUCAGAGGCUUCUACCAUAGAAAAUGCACCAAGACCUAAGUCUAUAAAUAAGUUAUCUACUGACAAUAACUUCUAUACUUCAGCCUCAUCUACCAAUUCAAAUUCAUCCUAUAACACUCCCGGAAUGCAAAAGAUUCCGUCCAUGUCCAAAUUCGAUUUCCUAUUAGGCGAAGAUACCUUUCCUAUUCAUACUUCUACCAGUCCUCCCUAUACAAUCAACUCGCGCACUCCUUCAGUAAUAGGACUGAAAGAUGAUCGACUGAACGAUCUCGUAAAGAAAGAAAGACUCGCAGUUAACGAUUUAAUCAACAUGAAACAUCCCCGUAAGAAUAAUAAUCAGUCCAAUUCUUCUUCUUGGCAGUACAAUGCAAAUUCUGCAAGUCCUACAAAUCAGCAUGUGGCACCAUCCGGUACGGUUGAUAACAACACCCACUAA